AGGAAGCAACUUUUUCUGAUGACGAGUCUCUGACGAGUCAAGGCGACACAACAUACAUAGCUGUAGAAGCUCCUCAGUACAUUGCUUCAGAAAAAAAUUUUUGACCGCAACACACGAACACAAAUAUAUAAUAUCCGCUUGGACUCCACGCAACAAAUACAACCUAAACUCCUGAUUAUAAGCGGCCACAACUCUAGGUGUAGGCAAAAUAAAAAGAAGUAGGCCCAAAUUUUUACUUUUAGCUUUCUGUUUCUAUACAACAAAAGAAGCGCCGCGCACGGAAAAAAAAAUCGCGAACCCGAGUUGGCUUAACCGGAUAGACUAGCUCCAUCACCAUCGGUGGAUCCACAAGUUGUGUACUUAAGUAUCUCUUUUGUUACCACGACGUAUGUAAGAAGCUACAACGGCAUCAAGUUCAAGCAGCAAUCCCACAACGUUUCACUCAAGCAACCGUGACUCUGUCUCUGGAUCUGCCUUUUUGUUUCUUUUUUCUUUGUAUUUUUCUGAAGCGUAUUUGCCUUUCGCGCACGUACUACAUUCACAGCAACGUACAAGUACUAGAAUCCUCGCGUCGUAGCUCGCAUAAACAAACUAAAGGAUCUUUUUCAAUAAUCUUCUCAAAAGAAAACACGUUUUACAACGCUAACGCAUCGUGGAUCUCAAUUUUUUCAAAAACAACAGCUACCUCAAAAAAAGAUAGAAGCGUGGAAAUGAUCAUCUCUUCCACGGGCCAACAUCCCGAGGAUGCCGAUGGCGCGAGCCUCGAGCAGCUUCUGUAUGGUGAAAGUGCGCCAGCGCACUACCACAACCCCGACGGCCAGCUGGGAGCGGGAGCUUUAUCGGAGGCAAAAAUCGCAUUUUUUGUAGACGAGCAGGCAGCUGUGAGUCUGAGUCCCCAGGGUGUGAAAAUUAUUCAAAUAACUGCUCAGUGCAGCAAAGAAGGCAACACUCGUUCGGUUCUCCUUUCUUUGCUCUGGUGAAGUUGUAAGUUCUCCGCUAACACUGUUCGGCGGUUUCUUUUGCGGGACUAGAUUGCAUCCUCACAGGGUCGGUUAAGUCCAGAUGCACGUCGACCUCGUUGAUGCAUUGGUGACUCAGACGAGGCCCAAAAAAGUCAUACGAAUCGCUUUGUUGUCUCUUUCAUAACACCACCAGGCCGGUGCUGGAGGUGGAGCGCAGACGGGAGGUGGAGUGCAAGAUGACCUCUUUUCCUACCUGCUUUCCGGUGCUAGUACGACUCCUGGCGGUUGUUCUGCUACCGGUGAACAUCAUGACGGGAACUACCACGGGAGUACAACAGAGAACAACAUGACCCGCGCGGAGACGCUGCAGUUCCUGGAGUCUUUCAUGGACAGCAGGCAGAAUCAGCACCAGGGCGGCGGUGGCGUCGAAGAGGUGGUGCCGGGCAACAGGGGAAACGCAGGAGGCAAAGCCGGGGCAGGUGGUUGGGGCGGCAACUAUAAUAACAACAAAGGCUCCUCCUCCACCUCCUCCGGCCCCCAGAACAACGGGCAUGAUUUGUUGCAGGCGUUUCUGCAGGAAGCGAGUGGAGGAACAUCGUCGUCGAACAAUACGACCAACCAGCAGGGCGGGGGCAAGAACCACGUUGCGUCAGCUUCUGCCAAGUCCGGGAGCGAUCUCACGGCCUGGCUCGCGUCCAUCAAUGAGCCGCAGCAGCCGGCAAAUCCACUUUUGAGUCCUCCGGUGACUACGACAAGCGGCAAUGGUAUGUGUUUUCAAUCCAACGCAAAUAACUUUCGCGGUGGUCAACACCCAUAUGGCAAGGGAGCAGAGAACAUGAACAUGCUGGCCGCAGGAGCCCACAAAGGCAGCGCGGACAAGUCCGGGUGCAGCGUGCCGAAUGGAAUGGGCGACUUGCACCACCUGCAACCGCAGAAAGGAAGGGGGGGCGGUAUUUGUUAGAAUCAAUUGAAUGAUUUGUGAACGUAAUGGAAUCCAAGAAUCGUACUCAUGGAUGAUAAAUUCGCAAUCGCAUUUGACUGUCAUGUUUUUUGCUAUUCUUGCGUGAGCGAUAUAUGUUCGAAAAACGGAGAAACUUUUUACGUUUAUUCAUACUUCUAGGCUAUGGAUCUGCUCUCGCUUAUGCUUCUCCUGCUUGUUCUCCCAACCUCGGACCCGCGGGCAACCCCCAACAACAUGCGAGUAACGCCUGGACGAAUAAAGGUUCUGCUGGCACUCCCCUUCACCACCAGCCGCAGCCGUUCAGUAAGGGUGGCGGUCCGUCCAAUGCUCUACCACCAGGCGGAGGAGGUGGUGGACCCUUGUACAACAAAAACAGCGGCAUGUUGGGUCAGCACCAGCACCAGGUUAAUAACGGGGGUAUGGGCAAUAAAGGAAAUUCUGGCUACAACAGCAGUUUCAACGGCGCCUGGACAACGACCUCUUCAAACGGGAAACAGCACAACAAUCCUACCCCAACCAUGAGAUUUACCGGGCCCCCGCACCAGGGUAAUAAAGGUAGUACACCGAACCACACCCCCCCGCCGCCUCCACCCCCACCUCCGGC